AUGAGCAAGCAACAGAAGCAGCCGAAAGUGCCGCUGCUGAUCUCCACCAUGAAGCCGAAGAAGGACGAGGACGUGCGGCUGCGGAAGAUGGUGGAGGCCGGAGAAAUUGUUUACACGGAGGAGGAAUCGAGAGACUUGCGCAUGGGGCGUGCAAGCGCGGCUGCAGUGACUCAGGACAACAUCGGGCAUCGGCAGCAAGCACUACACAACCCAUGCUACAACUUGUAUGUUCGACAACGAAGCAAGAACCCAAAUCCCACUCCCUCUCCCCCGCAGCGCCUGGCCACGAAGGAGAUGUACCUGGUGGUGUACAUCUUGGUGGCGCUUGUUCAGGGGAUGUUCUUUGCGUAUUCUGUCUCCGUUAUCUCCACUAUCGAGAAGAGAUUUAAAUUCACAAGCAAACAGACAGGCAUCUUGCUUUCCGGGAAUGACAUAUCCCAAGUUUUGCUGGCCAUCUUCCUAAGUUAUUACGGUACCUUCGGCCACCGCCCACGUUGGUUGGGCGUGGGCGUGAUGUUCACUGCUGCCUCCUGCUUCUCCGCCGCCCUUCCCCACUUGAUGUACGGGCCGGGACAAGAUGCUAUAGACCUGGCAGAUGCUACCACUUUCGAUGCCAGCGCGUUAGUCAACAGCUCUGUCCUCGCCCAACCUAAAAAAGAGGAAGAGCUCUGUCACAAGCGCGAGGUGGACACAUGCAAGGAAGAGGGGGCGGCAUAUGUGGGGCCCAUGUUCUUGAUGUUCCUCGCACAGUUCUUCGUCGGCAUCGCCAUCAGCAUCUUCUUCACCGUUGGCGUCACGUACCUCGACGACAACAUCAGCAAAAAGACAUAUCCUAUCUAUUACACUCUCGUGUCCCUCCUGAGAGUGCUGGGUCCCGUGUUCGGCUUCGUGCUGGGCGGCCGCUGCCUCUCGCUGUGGAUCGACCCGGCCAAGAAGCCCAACAUCAGCCGGAAGGAUCCCCGGUGGCUCGGGGCCUGGUGGAUAGGUUUCGUAUUCCUUGGCGUUGCCUUAGUUAUCGUGGGCAACCUUCUCUUCUUCUUCCCCAAAAAACUGCCGGCCACACUAAGGAGGGAGACGAAGAGGAUGAUAAAACAGAUGGAUAAAGACAGGGAAGACGGAGGCAACAAGAGCUUCGAACACUUCGCUGCCCUCGCCAAGGAAAAGAAAACGGAAUCUCGGCCGACGCUCAAAAACUUAUUAAAAGCCCUCCGCCGACUCUUCACGAACCGCAUCUGGACGGGCAACCUGUUCAACGCCGUCUUCACCCUCCUUGGCGUCUCGGGUUACUGGAGCUUCAAGCCCAAGUACAUGGAGAAUCAGUUCCGAAAAAGUGCUACGGACGCAAAUUAUUUUACAGGAAUGUCCAGCCUGAUCGUAUCCGUCGUCGGGGCGGGCGUGGGCGGCAGCGUGAUAAGGUGGGCGCGCCCGAGGCCGAGACUCAUCAUGGGAUACAACAUCUUCACGACCAUCGUUGGCUGCGCUGGUUUCAUCGCCCUCAUGUUCGUGGGCUGCCCGAGACUCGAAGUGGUCGGGCCUGUGGACGGCAACGUCGGACCUCAAUGUUCGGCGGACUGUGGGUGUACCGAGAAAUUCACGCCCGUCUGCUCGGAGGACCAAGCCACGCUGUUCUACUCCCCCUGCUACGCCGGCUGCUCCCUGGCCAACGUCACAGCUGAUCCCAUUAUUUACACCGGCUGCAGAUGCAUCCAAAACUCCGUCGCUGGGUUGACUCCGAGCCCCGUCCUCAACGCAGGCUCAAAGAACAACAGCUCUUGGGGUUUCGUCACCAGAGGCUACUGUCCAGAACCUUGCGAUGGAUUUUUCUACUACAUGCUCACUCAGAUUAUUGUGCAGACUGUAUCGUCGGUCGGCAGGAUAGGGGGCAGCAUUGUCCAGCUAAGGGCUGUGGCGGAGGAGGACAAAGGGAUCGCCCUGGGCACCCUUACCGUGUUCAUCAGUCUGUUCGCCUUCAUCCCUGCUCCUAUUAUCAUGGGCGCCAUCAUAGAUUCAGCUUGUCUCGUGUGGGAUACAUCCUGCGGCAGGACAGGAAACUGCUGGCUCUACGACUCGGACAAGUUCAGAAAAAUCCUUCACUUGGUUCCUGCAGUGCUGAUGUUCAUUUCCCUGUUCGGAGACUUCGUCAUGUUCUGGUAUAGCGACCGACUCGAUCUCUACGGGCUGAAGGCCGAGCAGGAACUGGAGCUGAAGAAGGUCGAGGGCGACCCAGAGGAGACAAAACCGCUGAAGACUGAGGGCGAGUCAAAGGAGAAGAAAGCCGGGUUAUUAGCACUGGCUUAGGCUUCAGACUCCUUUGCGUGUGUAUGUUUUUAUGUGUGUCUGUGGAGAUCUUGGCACUUGGAGAAUUACAGGAUUUGUAGAAUAUUUGUUUAUAUAAUAAAGAUGUUUUUUCCUUAA